AUGAUCGGAAAUAUUGAUAGAACUUGUAAUGUCCCUCCAGACUAUGAAGAGCUUAAUUCAAACAAUGCACGCCUCUUGUUCGCUGAAGCUGAUGCUGAAGCUGAUGCUGAAGCUGAUGCUGAAGCUGAUGCUGAAGAUGAACGACUGCAUGGCUCCAACCAUGAAAGAGUCGACGAUCGAGUUCCUUGUGAACUCGCUAGAGCUAGGACCAAAAAUGUAGGCCUCGUUUUUCCGGCUGCAUUCUUUGAUUAUUUCCUCCAACAUCAGCUUCUCAUCGUCAGUCAUCGCCCUUGGUUCAAUAUCAAACAGUGGGAGAAACUCAGGGCCUUUACCGACGUUGUAUUCUUCCAUCACUUCUUUCCAAGUGAAUUUCGAAAAACUCUUUCCAGGAUUGUCCAGGGAUAUGACAAGAUGCAAGAAUAUCUUGAGGUCCUUGUCCUCAGCAAACUGGUCAAAGUACUUCUCAAGGAAAAGAUGAAAUUCAGCGAGAGUUGCCGUCUUGGUAUCCGUCACGAAGGUGCAAACAAUCUUCUUUCCUCCUCUUUUGUCGAUGAUUCUCAAUGCUGCAACGCAAUAGAAUGCAAAAAAUAAAAAUAAAAAUAAAAAAGACAUAAAAAGUGGUUAUAAUUCCGUCUUUCCAAGCUGUAACGAUAAAAAAAAUUGCUAAUUCAUUCUAUCCACAUCUAUCCACACUUACAUAUGGAAGUAUUCUUCGUCAAUGCCUCGAGGUCCGACAGCUGUUUACGCAAAGCUGCAAUCUCGGGGUGUUGGGUAUCUAGGUUGAACAACAGGUAAUGGAGCAGGAACUAGUUGAUUAAUUAAGAUACAUCCCAAACAUAAAGGGUUAUCUUUCAGAAGUCAAAUCAAUGACGUCAUGAAAGAAAAU